CCGUUGGGGGCGGGGCUUUUAGAAUUGCCUACGCUGGCAGCUCGGCGGCCCCGUAUUUACUGCUCACACACCCAGUAGUGAGGGGCUGGUGGCUGUUGUUCUCGUGUCCGUUAGUUUUCCGCUCUCCCGUCAGCAGCCAUGGUGGCCAAGCAGAGAAUCAGGAUGGCGAAUGAAAAACACAGCAAGAACAUCACACAGAGGGGCAACGUGGCCAAGACCGCGCGGACCGCGGCGGAUGAGAAGUCCUCCGUAGGACCCUGGUUACUGGCGCUCUUCAUCUUCGUGGUGUGCGGCUCUGCGAUUUUCCAGAUCAUUCAGAGCAUUAGGAUGGGCAUGUAGAGCUUUCUCCAGAUGUUACCAGUCUCCUGUGAAGUAGAACAUGGACUCGGAUUUGUUAUUUUUAUUUCUUCUGUUAAUUGGGACAACGAGAACCGGAUUUCACAAAACUGCCUGUUCCAGAAUGACGGCGUCCACGAUGAUCAUCCGAAUCAUUCCAAACGAUUCCACCAAAGUCAUUCCACGUUUUCUACUCCAUACCACAGUGCCUUCAGAGAGCACCAUAGGCAUAAGAGCAAUAAAAGCAGAUCUGCUGUUGUGGAGCCACUUAUUCAGUGUGGAAGGAAGUUGUAUGCAAUGUAGAUACCUGUAGCCUGAAUCGGUUUUGUGUCGGAAGCUAUAUGUUUGUUAAAUAUUCUACCUUUUUAAUGUAUAAAAUUUGGUUAAUUCUUUUUAAUUUAAGAAUCAAAAGCUGGAAAACGGAGUGAUUUGAAUAUUCUCUGUAUGCUGCAAGAAACGCCUCUGUCACGUGUUCUCGCUCACUUUCAGCCGCUUACUGUGCGGAGAGGCUACGUAAUUCUCCAGAAAGACACCUUUUAUUCUCUUGCCAAAAAAUGCACCUGUAAUGUGCCACUCCCCGCUUGUCCACUAGAGGGUGAUCAAGAGCAAAGCUGCCCAGUAGACUGCCGUGGUCACUUACAUGUAGAGUGGGUGCAGAGCUGCGUGCUUAUCCCCCCCCUCCCCUCCCUCUCCUUGCCCCAUGAGCGGCUGUUCAAGCCAUUUUGGCCUUUACAAAAUACUGUGGACACAUUCUCUACUUAUUUUUAUCGUCUGAUCUAUUUUUGCAUGCACAAGAACCCACUCUCCAUUUUUAUCAGUGGUUAAAUACCCGAGCAACCAUAGGUUGUAAUAAAAUGUGACCUACCUAACAAAAAAGCAGUGUACAUUUGGUGCGUUUUGUAAAAAAAAAUACAAAUAAAACUUUACAAAAACUUU